UCAGAUGAUCAAUGAGAAGCCACAGAUUAUACAGGAAUAUGAAUCUGGCAAAGCCAUUCCAAAUCAACAAAUCAUAGGGAAACUGGAGAGAGCUCUUGGUGCAAAGCUUCGUGGAAAGAAAUGAAUCAUAUGCUUUUAAUUUAUGUGUUUGUGUGUCUUUCUGCUAAUGGAGUAACAAAAAUCUUUAUGAUGUCAUGAUAUGAAUACUUGUUGUAAGGAAUCUAAUCAGAAUUUAACCUAUGAAUGUCAUGUGAUCCAUGGUUUUGUGGUCUGAGUCAUAAUAUGGAACUAUGAAAUUCUAUGCCCCAACGCCAAAGCUGGAGUGUUGUUUGUUCAUA